AUGUCCAGUAGCCCUGUAACGCGUAUCCAGAACAGUCGUUUGCUGCAGGCCUUCCGAGCAAUUGGUAUUGUAGUUGAUGAUGUGCCAAUGGUGUGGUAUGGAAUGGGCAAGGCCAGUUUUGUCACAGCGUCGCUGGGGAAGUCAUUUGUCGUGUACAAAUGUGACAAACUGACGCCCGUGUUAGUAUCACCUCAAUUGCCCAAACGCAUCUCGGCGCUGGCCGUGCAACCCAAGAAACACUUGACUUUUACAGCCUGUGGCCGUCAAAUUAUAGUUUGGAAUCGAGUGGAUAGGGUCCAGACAUUGGUUGGACACAAAGGAGCUAUUAAACAGCUCAUGACAGUGGGUAACAUUCUCUUCUCGCUGGAUGAUGAACGCUGCAUUAAGAUAUGGGACUUAAAAACAAUGGAGAUUAUCGAUACACUGACUUUCCAGGUUGGGUUUACACCUACAACGAUGUUACAUCCGGACACGUAUCUAAAUAAGAUCCUUGUGGGAUCGGAACAAGGAACCUUACAGCUCUGGAACAUUCGCAAGAUGCAGUGUAUUUACGAGUUUAAGGGAUGGGGCAGUGCUGUCACAGCGCUGGAACAGAGUCCAGCAGUAGACAUUGUUAGUGUCGGUUUAGCAGAUGGACGGCUGAUGGUUCAUCACUUGCAGCUAGACCGCCUCGUGCUAGACUUUCGACAGGAACAGCAGAGUGGAAUCACAGCCAUGUCUUUCAGAACGGAUGCAGGUGCAUCGACGACACCGUUAGCCGUCUCGGGAUCGCGCUCUGGUGAUAUUGCCGUGUGGAAUUUGCAGAGCAAGCGUCUUGAAUCAGUAAUCACUGCUGCACACGACGGUGCGGUGGUGUCGCUGCAGUUCUUAGCUAAUGAGCCGUUAUUGCUGUCGUCGGGUACGGAUAACUCGAUAAAGCUGUGGAUCUUUGACCACCUAAAUGGCGGUACUGCUCGCUUGUUAAAGUCUCGUGAGGGUCACCAUGCGCCACCGACGCGCAUCCGUUAUUACGGUAACAACACGCUUGCUACAAUGGCAGACGGUGCUGACGGCACAUGCUGUCAGAUUUUGUCCGCCGGGCAGGACCGCGCCUUCCGUGUCUUCCACACCGCUCGUGAGCAGCAAAGCAGAGAGAUGUCCCAGGGCCCAGUUCUCAAGAAAGCGCGCAGCUUAAAUGUGCGCGUCGAGGACUUCAAGCUACCGCCUAUCGUGCAGUUUGCUGCUAUGGAGACGCGUGCACGCGAUUGGGCAAACGUAGUUACGUGCCACGAGAACGAAAUUGCAGCCUAUGUAUGGCGUUUUGAUCACCGUGCUAUUGGCAAGAAGGUGCUUCGUCAGUUCGACCCGAGCAACCGCGCUCCUUCUGGUAGCACGGAGGAUUUGCGUCGCAAAAAGACACAAGCUACGAGCGUGGCUAUCAGUUCUUGUGGUAACUAUGCACUAGUUGGCAGUCUGGGCGGAGCUAUUUUUCAGUACAACAUGCAGUCUGGAGAAGCUCGUGGUUCGUUUCCGGUAGCAGCAACGCCAAAACCCGAGAUUAUUCGCUCGCUUGUGUUACCUGGGACGGACUUGUCAGCACUGCAGGAUGAUAGCUCGGACAAGACCGCUGCUGAUGCUCAUGACGGACCUGUCAGCGCUGUGGCUGUUGAUGCCCUUAAUAAGACUUUGGUCUCGGCAGGAAUCGAUGGCAAACUGAAAUUUUGGGGCCUCAAGAAACAUGAGUUGCGCUAUGAGAUCGACGUUGGCUCUCCUAUUAGCCAAAUGGAGCUGCACCGUGAUAGCAAUUUGCUAUGUGUGGCGUGUGAUGACCAGGUGCUUCGUCUCUUUGACGUGAUAACCCAUAAGCUUGUGCGUCGUUUCUCCGGACAUUCGCAUCGUGUGACGGACAUGAAUUUCAGCUCCGAUGCUCGCUGGCUGUUCUCAUCGUCGGCUGACGCAUCACUGCGCGUGUGGGAUAUCCCGACGGGCAAGUGUGUUGACUGGAUGCGGUUCGAGAAACCUGUAACCGGUUUGGCUGUGUCGCCUACAGGUGAGUUUCUCGCUACCACGCAUGUUGGCCACGUCGGCAUUUUUUUGUGGGCAAAUCGCAGCUUCUUCACAGAAGUGUAUUUAGAUUUAGAGCCUACCAGGCCCGUGCUUAUGGAUAUGCCUGUGGCGCUGAAUGAGGUGGACAAUAGCGACCUGCUUGGCUUUGGCACUGAGCGAAACCCUCAACUUUCGGUGGCAAUGGCUGACAAGCAGCAGCCUGAAAACACAAAGAAGAUGGACAGCGAAGAGAGCUCAGAUCCACUGGAUGCUUCACUCAUCACACUGUCAAUGGCCCCACGUGUGUUCUGGCAGUCUCUGUUUAAUGUCGAGCUCAUCAAAAAACGUAACAAGCCUAUCGAGCCUCCCAAGGCCCCGGAGCAGGCUCCUUUCUUCCUUCAAACAGCGCGCAAGGAUGAUGUGCACCCUACAUUUGUCCCCAUUGUACCAAAUAAUGCUGGUGAGACGGAUGAUAAAGAAGAUGUGACCUUGAAAGGUUGGGGUGAUGACGAUGAGGCAUGGGUCGAUAAUGACAAGAAAGGUGAUGCCGAAGCGACUACUUCGAGCACACGCAUUAUCAAGACUGAGGGUAUGGUUACUUCUCGCUGCAAAUUGGCGACGUUGCUGAUAAAGGCGGUGCAGAAAGAGAAAGAUGAGGACGACAUAGACUCACGGUUUAAUGAAGUGAUGGCAUACAUUCAGUCGCUUUCUGCUUCAGGAGUAGACGUUGAAAUGAGCAUGUUGUGCAUGGGUGAUUUUGAUGAAGAGGGUAAGAAGCUACUGGGUUUCUUUCUGGAAUUUCUUCGUGAGGAGAUGCACACGCGUCGUAACUUUCAAGUGCUUCAAGCAUACUUGAAUCGAUUUUUAAAGCUACACGACGAGUUGCUGGUUGUCGACUCGGUGCUCUUAGCACAAGUGGACAAGUUGGGAGCUAUACAGCAUCAACAGUGGCAGCACCUACAAAAGCUCUUGCACAACAAUUUGUGUCUGGUACAGUAUCUCAGCAAGAUCCAGAUGUAA